AGACAGAGAGAGCGUAAAGUUUGAUCCUUUGAAAAUGGCUGAAGAACCAGAAAAGGUCUCUUCUUCUGGUGAUAAGAAACCUGAAGAUGUUGGGAUCAAACCUCAGGAUCCAGCGUCUUCUUCUGGGUUUCGAGCUUAUCCUAAUGGUGAUUCUCCAAUGUAUCCGGUUAUUUAUCCGGGUCUUGUUCCCGGAUCCAAUCCUGUUCAGUACGAGGAACAAAUGAAUCGUGGAGCUGGAAUCUAUGCGGUUCCUGUGCAUCAAUUUGGUGGACAUGUCGCUGGUCUUCCCUCAAAUUAUCUUAUCCCUCUCACUUACAAUGUUCCAACUACUAGACCAAAUAAUGAGGCUGAGACUGGGGGAGAGAAUCAAGCGCAAGCCGGGCAGGGUCAGCAGCAGCAGCAACCUGCAAAUCAAAGGCAUGUCGUGGAAAGGAGAUUUCAGAUCGCUUUUCAGCUUGAUUUGUUCCUCAUACUCAAGCUUGCUGCUGUUAUCUUUUUGUUCAACCAAGAUGGAUCAAGACAAAGGCUCGCUGUUCUUGUGAUUUUUGCUACCAUAAUUUACUUAUACCAAACUGGGGCUCUUGCACCGUUUGUGCGAUGGCUCUCUCAAGGUAUGCAUAGAGCAGCAGUACCACCACCUCGACCACAUAGACCUGCUGCCAGAGCUGAUAAUGAUCCUGCAGCUGCAGUUCCACUAAACGAAAAUGCAGUUCCCGAGGGACAAGAGAAUGAAGCUGAUAAUGGUAACCGAGCAAAUGCAAAUGAAAAUGAAAACGUCGACGCAGGAAACCAAGGGAAUCAAUGGUGGGGGAUAGUGAAAGAGAUUCAGAUGAUAGUGUUCGGCUUCAUAACUUCACUACUCCCUGGUUUUCACAACAUAGAGUAGAAGUAGACUCUUUUUCUGCAUACUUUCAUCUUCUUCAACUCAAAAAAAGAAGUGUUGUGUUCUACUUUAGUCUUCUUCGAUCUAAUGUGCAAGUACAGAAAAUUUUACCCUUCAGACUCCAAAACGUAAUGUAUGUGAGCAGCAAUCAUUAUGCUUUUGCCUCUAAUGUUCAAAGCAGAGGACCUCAGAACUUAG